AUGGCACCGUGGGCUCUAGUCUCGCCUGCCAGCCGCGGCAUCGGCUUCGCAUUGACGCGGCACAUCCUGCAAACGUCGCGCGUGCCAGUCGUUGCGACUGUCCGUAAGGACCGCGACGUUGUCAAGGAGCAGCUGCUUGAUGGGCUAGGUGCGGACGAGGGCCGGCUGCAUGUACUUGAAUGCGAUGUUCUGGACGAGAGUAGCAUCGAGGCCGCGUCGUCGCGGUGCGAGGAUCUGUUCCCUGUGAAGGAGGGGAAUGGUUUGCAUCUGGGCUUGGUUAUACCUGGGAUCCUCUUUCCUGAGAAAUCGCCCCGUCAGAUCGACGCCGACAACGCGCUCCUCACGUUCCGCACGAACACCCUUGGUCCGCUCCUCAUGCUGAAGCACUUUGAGCACUUCUUGCCUACGAAGCAGAUAAACAACACCUCGGCCAGUGAGGUGGAAGGGCUCCCUAGCGCAGCGAUAAUGGCACUCAUGAGCGCGCGCGUGGGUAGCAUAACAGACAACAAAUUGGGCGGGUGGUACAGCUACCGUGCGUCAAAAGCAGCUAUAAAUCAGGUUGUCAAGACUUUUGACAACUAUUUGAGGACAAAAGCCGGGGAUGAGGCUUUCUCUGUGGGCUUGCAUCCAGGCACGGUGAAAACUGGGCUGAGCAAGGAGUUCUGGGGCAGUGUGAAGAAAGAGAAGCUGUUUGAGCGGGAGUGGGUGGCUGAGCGCUUGAUCGACGUGUUGAGGGAGAAGGCAAAGAAGGUUGAGGAGAGUAGGGGGAGAUGUUGGGACUGGGACGCGAAGGAGGUGUCGCCAUGA